AAAAAUUGUACUUGCCGUAUUGUGUGAACUGCCGAAACGUACACUUUCGUUAUUUAUAAAAAAUGUCUACAAUUUUAAAUUAGUAUUACGAUAAGUGACCAAAUAUGUCUUUGGCUGAAGAAUUACUAGCUGAUUUAGAAGAAGAUGGCUUUGAUGAAUGUGAGCCCAUGUUUGUCGAAGAAGAAUCAAACAAAAUAUCUGAUGAUGCAUCAAUUUUUAAAAAAUCAGAAUUUAAAAACGUCAAAAUUGAAGAUGUUGCAAAACUCAGAAAAUCUAGUCGUUUGAAUGAAAUAAUGAAACAAAUUUAUGUUUUUCAAAGCAGACAAAGAAGGCCUGAUGAAGUUCUAGGUCCAGUUGAAUCUGAUCCAGAAUAUCUUUUAAUUGUAGAAGCAAAUAAUCUUAUAGUUGAAAUUGAUGAUGAAAUAUUGGUUAUUCAUAAAUUUGUCCGAGACAAAUAUUCAAAAAGGUUCCCUGAAUUAGAAUCAUUAGUUGUUGGACCAUUAGAAUAUGUUCAAACUGUUAAAGAAUUAGGAAAUACUCUUGAACAAUCCAAAAAUAAUGAAGUUCUUCCUACAUUUCUCACACAAGCAACAAUUAUGGUAGUUUCAGUUACAGCAUCAACAACUCAAGGAAAAUUAUUGACAGAUAAUGAGUUAAAAGAAGUUUGUGAAGCUUGUGAUAUGGCAAUUGAUUUAAAUAAAUUAAAGAUGAAAGUAUAUGAAUACGUUGAAAGUAGAAUGACGUUUAUUGCACCAAAUCUAUCUGUUAUAGUUGGAGCUUCAACUGCAGCCAAAAUAAUGGGAGUAGCAGGGGGUUUGACAAAUUUAUCGAAAAUGCCUGCUUGUAAUGUUUUAUUAUUGGGAUCUCAAAAAAAGAUGUUGUCUGGUUUCUCUCUUGCAAAUUCAAUGCCACAUACUGGAUUCAUUUUUCACUGUUCGUUAGUUCAGAAUAAUCCUCCUGAUUUGCGAAGAAAAGCAGCUAGGUUAGUAGCUACAAAAAGUACUUUAGCUGCAAGAGUGGAUGCUGCACACGAAAGUGUAGAUGGACAUAUAGGAUUAACUUUGAAGGAAGAUAUAGAAAAAAAAUUAGACAAAUUAACUGAACCACCUCCUGUUAAAUUUGUUAAACCUUUACCUAAGCCAAUUGAUCCAGGUAGAAAAAAGAGGGGUGGAAAAAGAGUUCGUAAAAUGAAAGAACGUUAUGCUGUAACAGAAUUACGAAAACAAGCUAAUAGAAUGAAUUUUGCUGAUAUUGAAGAUGAUGCAUAUCAGGAAGAUUUGGGCUAUACUCGAGGAACAAUAGGAAAAUCUGGAACGGGUAGAAUUCGCCAUGCUCAAGUUGAUGAAAAAACAAAAGUACGAAUAUCAAAAACUCUUCAGAAAAACUUACAGAAACAGCAAGCUUGGGGUGGUACCACAUCAGUAAAAAAACAUGUAUCUGGUACUGCUUCUAGUGUUGCAUUUACCCCACUUCAGGGUUUGGAAAUAGUCAAUCCACAAGCUGCUGAAACUAAGAAUGCUGAAAGUUCUGCCAAAUAUUUUUCAAAUACUGCAAGUUUUGUAAAUGUGUCAAAUAAACAUUAAUUAUUGUGUGUAAUAAAGUUCAUAAAUCAUAUACAAUUUUUUAUGUAUAAUAUGUAUAUAUAUAUAUACAAUAAUUGUAUAAUUAUUAUAUCACACGAUUAUUUUUAUAUAAAUAACUAUCAUUUCAAUCACUAUAACAAUGAAUAAAGUUAAAUUUUAUCAUUUACAAAAUAAUGAAAUAAUUAUUUAAUUCUACAGAUGUGCAGGUCUUCGCUACUCUACUACUUUUGUCACUACUUAGCUCACUUCACAAAUCGUAAAUCAAUGAGUAAAUCACAGGCUUCGAUUAACUGCAAUGUUAUAGCAUUCAUUACACCUCAACGUAAAUGUACCCUAAUUAGUAGUUAUUCUCUGAUAGAGUUUAGAUGUAUUAAUGUAAUCUAACUGUAAUCAUUGUAUUAUUGUUAUUUGUCCUUAAAAUUAUGUAACAUUCUGUACCCAUUUUAGACAGUUCGUGUCUGAAAAAUUGUAUACUCUUCUUUCAUUGUAAUGUAAAUUAAUUGAAUAGAAAACAUUUGUAUUUA